AUGGCGCAAUACUAUUCGGAUGAGCUUGAUACUGAGUCCUUUCGCCUGGCAACUAUCUCGUCGGGCAUUCAUCCAGACACAGAAUCUCAAGUCCCCAGUGUCACCCUCACGAAACACCUCCUCUUCGGUGCCUCAGACCUAGCCUACAAUGCGCUGUCUUACACUUGGGGCUCACCGCGAAACAGCCCCCCACUUCCCGAUAAGGUUGCCAACACAACGAUACUUCUGAAUGGGCUAUUAUUCGAGGUCCAGGAGAACCUUUAUGAUGCUCUUGUUGAAUUGCAGGUCUCGUGCUCAGAGACUCCCAUCUGGAUAGACGCGCUCUGCAUCAACCAGUCCAACUCCAACGAGCGAUCUCCACAAGUAUCCGUCAUGAACCAGAUCUACGGAAAGGCAAACCGCGUCAUUGUCUGGCUUGGGAGUACCUUCCCCGAGCUGGAGGCCGGACUUAGAGUAGUCGAGAGACUCGGUGCUGCGUCUGUUCCUGAGACGCUUCGUAUGAUGCGGACGCAGAGCUGGGAUUUCAGCUCUGACUUGUCAGUCAUGCCGGAGCGCUAUGGCAUGAAUCCUAUUGAUCAAGAAGAAGCUAUUGGCUUGGUCGCGCUUUACAUGAGUAAUUGGUUCACCCGUAUCUGGAUCAUCCAGGAAGUAUCCCUCACCAGCGACGUGGUCAUUCUAUGUAAUGGCAGAUUCACGUGCUUUGACUACGCGGGCUACACGGCGACGUUUCUGCACUACAGCGGGCUUUUCCAAUCUGUAGUGGACCUGGUUCCUAAGGACAGGCCUGGUAUUCACCUUCGUGGUGGUAUCAAUAUCUUCCAUGCCGAGAGGAUCCAGUUACUUCGUGAGUGGUGCAAGGGCAAGAAAAGUGCGUGGACUGGUGUCCUUGCUAUGCUUGAUCUGGAGGCUGGCCUCGCAAAGCAUCAUGCAAAUCCCGCAGCGAUGGUUCCCCUUCGCGUGCUGUUCUCAACCUUUGGAAUGAAGGCGACAGAUCGUAGGGACACCAUCUACGGGUGGAAUGGUAUCUUGAAGCAUAUGGCAGCUCAAGAGGGCGUGUCUCUGCCGUUGGUGUUUGAGCCAGAUUACGAUAUCGAAAUCAAAGACUUGCUGCGAAUCAUCGCCUGCAACAUCAUCGAGACGACUGAUUCUCUUGUCUACCUUAGCCUAGUCAAAGACCCCAGCGUGCGAGAAACACCAGGCCUUCCGUCUUGGGUCCCUGACUAUCCACCGGUUCUAUACAAUAGUGUCCAUGGGCCAAACUUUAGAUCUCUUGGAACUCUCAAUUCUUCGAAACACAUUCCCCACUCUCCCAAUAAGUAUCCCUUCACCAUCUCUGGAAAGGUCCUUAACGUCUUUGGCUUUCGUCUCGGCACAGUCCAAAAGAUUGGUGAGACUUUUCUUGAAUGCCUUCAAGGCCGUCUCAGUAUGCUUGGCGAAAUUCUUCUUACUAUGGAUAAGACCUAUACAUAUACAAACCAACAGGCAGACGAGGUUCUUUGGAGAACUAUGAUCUGGGAUACUGACUUCACAAAUAGGCCCUCGAAGCUCAUUCGAUUGGAGGACUUCCAGAGGGCCAUUGCGCAUAAUUUCGUACGUGCGCUACAGUAUGUGUUCAAGGAAGCAGAGUCAGCCUCCGCCGGCCAUGCUCUGGUUCUCCAAUCAAUUAGUGAUAUGGCCUACCUGGACGAAAUAGCUGCCAAAUUCCCAGACAGCAUAUUUCCCAGCACAAGGCUCGUCAGAUCCCUUUGUGCCAGCUUGGACACUAUACCUCAAGAUAGUGACGGCUGUGAUGAGGAGGAGCUCCAGAAACUCAUGGAACCACUGUCAAAGCAUGCUAUGCCACCUGGCAAUAUCAUGGCGUCGACAUGGAUUAAUCGCAGAGUCAUCCUCACUGACACGGGGUAUUUGGGCAUGGGACAUGAAUCGACUCAAGCCGGGGAUGAGGUUUGGAUUAUCUCCGGGUCCCCUGCUCCGCUGGUUUUGAGAAGAUCUGGAGAGAGAAAUGAUUAUUGUCUCACUGGAGAGGCAUACGUACACGGUGCUAUGCAGGGAGAGGCUGUUACUGAUGAAGUUACUUGGGAGAAGAUUAAGAUAGUCUGA